AUGAUGAUCUUUCUACGUCGUAGACAGGCUCAAAAGGAAUGGAUUGAGCGCGUCCAGACCCGAGUGACAGCGACGUCCAGCAUGCUACGCGACAUCAAGUCCAUCAAGAUGCUCGGACUUUCUCGGGUCCUAUUGAGCACCACGUCCGAGCUACGAAAAAUUGAGCUCAAAAUCUCUGAGCGGUUCCGGAAGCUGCUCAUCUGGGAAAUUGUUAUAUUUAACGUGCCCACUGAAUUCGCUCCUUUCGCAACCUUCGCUGCCUACACCAUCAUCGCGGUGGCAAAGCACGAUAAGACAUUACUUUCCAGUCAGGCCUUUACGUCUCUUUCGUUGAUCUCCCUCGUUACCAGUCCACUCAUCACCUUUGUCCAGGCUGUGCCUUCUGUGCGUCAAGCCAUGUCGUGUUAUCUUCGCAUUGAAGAAUACUGCGAAAAAGAGCCCACUGGGCUUGUCACGCAUACAGCAUCAUCCCCUGUGCUCUCACUCACAGAUAAUGAUUGGGACGUGGAGCUGCGAUCAUUUCAACCAAAAUCAGAGUACAGUGCUACGCCUGUCUCUUUCGAGCGAGCUAAUGUUGGGUGGGCAAAGGCUGGCGAAAAUAAGCUUCACGACAUAGUGUCGGAUCGGGGGUUACCUUGCUUAUUGGACCAUCUAUUGGGUGAAACAGUGAUCAAAUCUGGGGAUGUGCGGGUUGCAGAUCAUCAAAUGGCGUAUUGUUCCCAAGUCCCCUUCAUCAUAAAUGAUACAGUGCGCCAGAACAUUACAUUCGGGUCGCCGUUUGAUCCAAAAUGGUAUGAGUUUGCCAUAUGGGCUUGCGGCCUCAAAGAAGACCUAUCAGAUAUGCCGGGUGGUGAUCUUUAUCUUGCAGGAACCGAUGGCCUUUCACUUAGUGGCGGCCAAAAGCAGCGGGUUGCAUUGUGCCGUGCUAUCUACUCGAGGAGAAGGCUGGUCAUCCUAGAUGAUGUCUUCAGUGGUCUUGACUCGAACAACAUCAGAACUAUUUCUACGCGUCUUUUUGGUCCGAAUGGAUACUUUCGCAGACCUGGGAUGACAGUCCUUCUGGCCACUCAUACAGAACAUUUAUUUCAAUAUGCGGACGAAAUUGUCGUUCUUGAAGAAUGUAGAAUUGUGCAGACUGGGUCGUUCGACGAUGUGAUGCAGCUCAGCAAGCCCGCAAGCACCGAAUCCCCAGUGAGCACCGUCGGAACUGCAGACCACACGGCAUCCGCGACGCAAGAUGGUGAUGAGCUGAGCAAUACCGCUGCGAAGCCUUCAGCUCCAGACUCUCCGAGCCCUCUGCGACGCGAAGGAACUUGGUCUGUGUACAAAUACUAUUUUAGGCGUGCUGGUUUCAUUCCGUUUGCGACCUGUCUGGCUUUCAUUGUUGUGGAAGCAGUCAGUGGAGACUUCACAACUCUAUGGAUCCAGUGGUGGGUGGAGGCCAACGAAAGGAGUCCCAACAAAGACGCGGACCUUCUCUCUGCGACGCUCAGUGCACCGUUCAGGUUCUUCCAGGACACAGAAAUAGGGGCUUUGACAAACAGAUUCAGUCAAGAUAUGGAAUUGAUUGACAUGAUGCUACCGUUAGUGGCAUCUAUGUUCUUGACGGGACUGGCAAGCUGCGUGGUCAAACUGGUCAUUCUUUGCAUUGUCAGCAAAUAUCUAGCAGUUGCAGUCCCAGCGCUUCUGGUCAGUCUCGUCAUCCUCCAGAGAUACUACCUUCGCACUUCUCGACAGGUGCGACUACUGGAUCUGGAAGCCAAGGCGCCCCUUUAUACGCAUUUCACGGAAGCAGUUCAUGGGGUCACCACUCUCCGUGCUUACGGCAUGAAUCCCUGGUUCCAGGAGAAAAUGCACAUGCUCCUCGAUAAAUCACAAAGACCUUUUUAUAUGCUGUACUGCAUACAGCAAUGGCUGACCCUUGUUAUGGGCCUGAUUGUUGCGGCUUUGGCAGUGAUUAUUGUUGCGAUGACAACCUCUUUGGCCGACCAAUAUAACGGUGCUGCGGUCGGUGUUGCCCUUAGCUUGAUCUUAACCUUCAACAGCACCAUCUCGAGCACUCUCCGGUCAUGGACUAGUCUUGAAACGACCAUCGGGGCAGUUUCGCGAGUUCAACAAUUUGUGCAAGACACUCCUCGCGAGGCAAACCAUGACCUCAUGGGGAGCGUAGUUCUGGGAGUAUCGGGUCACUCUCAGUUUACAAUCGCAUUCGAGAAUGUAACAGCAGGAUACAGCCAAGCCAGCCCGCCGGUCCUGAAGAAUCUGUCGCUCACCAUUCGCCAUGGUGAAAAGGUAGCCAUCUGCGGAGCAUCAGGUAGUGGGAAGUCAUCUAUAAUAAUGUCGCUUCUUCGUAUGAGCGAGAUCCAAUCCGGAAAAAUAUCGAUCGGCGGCUGCGACAUAUCGGAGCUCGAGAGACAAGCUAUUCACUCUGCUAUCAACGUUAUCCCGCAAGACCCGUUUCUGCUCUCCGGCACCGUUCGCUUCAAUCUGGAUCCGUUCGGAAUGGCCACGGAUGAACGCAUCACUUCUGGGCUCCAGAAGGUGGGUCUUUGGAAUCGAAUCAGUACCGACGGGGGGCUAGAUAUGGAAAUGUCCAGCAUCUCAACCUGGUCACUGGGCGAAAGGCAAUUGCUUGCGCUCGCCCGGGCGCUUGUGGUCCCGCGGCCCAUUCUCAUCCUCGACGAGGCCACUAGUAGCGUCGACCGAGAGACAGAAGCCCUUAUGCAAGAAAUCAUCGAGCAGAAUUUUCGCCAUCAAACCGUUAUUGCUGUCGUUCAUCGCUUCGCUUACAUCGAUCGGUUCGAUCGGGUAGUGUUCCUCAAGGAUGGGGAGAUGCUUGAAUGCGACGUGCCGCAUGCAUUGCUGGGACGGGAAUGCAAUUUCCGGCAGCUAUACCGAGCCUGGGAGAAAGCAUAG